UUUUUGUGUUUCUUGUAAGAGAGAAAAUGUAAAUGGCUAAGCACUAAACAGCCGAGUGGCACAUACUCACUGGUGACAUGUGAAUCCAAACUUCUCUGGUUCUUAUGCUAACCAGUAACCUCUUUCAAAGACUUUUAUGAGUGUCUUCUUCUCAACACUUCUUUCUCUGUCUCUCUCUACUUCCUCAACUUGCAACAUUAAGUACAAAAACCAACAAAUGGGUAUUGUCUCAGUGUUCAUAUUUCCUCUGUUUUUCUUACUUGUGUUGAGCUCAGACAUUGUUCAUGGUGAUUUCCCAACGACCCUUCAAGGACCCUUCACUCCUGUGACUACUCCUCUUGACAAGGAGGCGUACCAUGGAAAUGCCGUAGACUUGCCUGACACUUACCCUCAACUUCAGAAGAAUGUUGAGGGUUUUGAGCCUCAACAAAUCUCUGUCUCCCUCUCUUCAAAUUACGACUCUGUUUGGAUCUCUUGGGUCACAGGAGAUUUUCAAAUUGGUGAUGACAUAACACCAUUAGAUCCUCAAUUAGUUUCUAGUGUUGUUCAGUAUGGAAUCUCAGGGUUGCCCAUGAGUUAUCAGGCAACUGGUUAUUCUCUUGUUUAUAAUCAACUUUAUCCUUUUGAAGGAGCACAAAAUUACACUUCUGGCAUCAUACACCAUGUUCGCCUCACAGGACUUGAACCUGGCGAAUUGUAUCAAUAUCAAUGCGGAGAUCCUUCUAUACCAGUAAUGAGUGAUAUCUUUUAUUUUAGAACCAUGCCAGUCUCCAGUCCCACAAAUUAUCCAAGAACAAUAGCAGUGGUGGGAGACCUAGGCCUUACUUAUAAUACAAGUACAACAUUCAGUCACUUGCUCAGUAACCAUCCUGAUCUCCUUGUUUUGGUUGGGGGUGUUAGUUAUGCUGACAUUUAUCUCACUGAUGGAACCAGCUCUGAUUGUUACUCUUGCUCAUUUCCGCAAACUCCCAUGCAUGAAUCAUAUCAGCCACGUUGGGAUUAUUGGGGAAGGUUUAUGCAGCCUCUGCUGGCCAAUGUUCCAACAAUGGUGGUUGGAGGGAAGCAUGAAAUAGAAGAACAGGCUGAAGAUGAGAUAUUUGCUGCUUACAGUUCUAGAUUUGCUUUCCCAUCUGAAGAAAGUGGAUCAUCAUCCACAUUGUACUAUUCUUUCAAUGCUGGAGGUGUACAUUUUGUGAUACUCAACCCUUACAUUUACUAUGACAGAUCAUCUGAUCAAUAUGGGUGGUUGGAAAAUGAUCUCUAUAAUGUUGACAGAGAUGUGACUCCUUGGUUGGUGGCUGCUUGGUAUGCUCCUUGGUACAGUACCUUCAAGGCCCAUUAUAGAGAAGCAGAAUGUAUGAGAGUUGAAAUGGAGGACAUGCUUUAUGCGUAUGGCGUUGACAUAGUCUUUAAUGGACAUGUACACGCAUAUGAGAGGUCAAACAGAGUUUACAACUAUUCUUUGGAUCCAUGUGGUCCAGUUUAUAUCACACUGGGUGCUGGUGGUAGUCGAGAAGCAAUAGCAAUUGACCAUGCUGAUGAUCCUGGUAAUUGUCCAGAGCCAUCCACGACGCCAGAUGAAUAUAUUGGUGGCUUCUGUGCAUUUAAUUUUACAUCAGGCCCAGCUGCCGGUGAGUUUUGCUGGGAACAGCAGCCCGAGUAUAGUGCAUACAGAGAAAGCAGCUUUGGUCAUGGGAUACUAGAGGUGAAAAAUGAGACUCAUGCUUUGUGGAGUUGGCACCGGAAUCAGGACUUUUACCAAGUUGCUGGCGAUAUCAUUUACAUAGUAAGAGAACCUGAUCGGUGUCUUCUGGUUAACCAUAGGGCAAAUUUCGUCUUUUUGCAAGGAGUAAAAGGUGAAGCUUUGGUCUAGACAAAUGACAAUUACAAUGGCUCUCAGGAGUCAGGAAUCCUUACCCAGCACAAUCAACAUGCAUAGACAAAGCUGCAGCAUCCAGGACUAUUAUUUGCAUCAAUAUAGCUGCAGCCUCGAGGACUAUUGUUUGUAUAAAUAUAGCUGCAGCAGGUUGCCCCAGUGGGGCCACAACCAGUAUUCACAGACGACGACUCUUUAUCCAAUGGUUUACAACUAAGGAGAGGUCUUGUCCAAACAUGUAAAUAGCACGAACAGAACACUGUGAGGAACCCAACCCAAGGUAUUGAAAAAGGAAAUCACAUAGUGACAUGGUUAACAUAUUGAAACUGGUGCCCACUAAAUAUGAACCGUUGGAUGCUCAGAUUUAAGGAAAGCCUUGUAUGCAAAAAGACCCUUGUGAUUCAUCUACAUCACACAGCUUGCUAAAAGCUAAAUACCCGAAGGUUACACUCAUUAACAGUACAUGAAACACAAAAGGGCAGCCAUUUUCUUGUAGAUGAAGAAACUAUUUUAUUCUAAGAAACUUUCAAAACUACCUUAAAAGGCUAAACAAGCCAGCCCAUUAUUAAGCAAUAGCAAUAGAGUAGUUCCAGAAAAAAAAAAUGAAAAAGAAAAGCAUGAAAAAUUUAUCAGAACUCAAGAACAUACCUUAAAGAAGAUGGG